AUGGAAGCUCCUAAGGUAGGACCAGUCCAUACAAAUGAAUAUAUUUCACGCCGAUUCCUGACGACAUGCCAGCACUCCCGAGUUCACGACUUCUUUUCGGGUGUCUUCCAUCCACAUCAUCGAGAAGCACCUCCACAGCCCAAAGACCACAAGCAGGUCAAUGGUGCUAUCGUUGAGAAGACACUGGCACGUUCUCCGCCAGUCAAAAUUCAUGAAGGCUUUGAUGCUGGGCCUCCCGCUACCCAGGAUGAUAAGACUCCCUCACAGCAUAGCACAGUCGAAACAACCCCCGAGCAGGAGGCCGAGGUCGUCCACUCACCUGAUACCAAGGUCUCGAGCACCGCGUAUGACGAAGCCUGGUCGCGGCUGAGCGAAGAAGACAGGGCAAAUCUGUCCGACGAGACCACGGUCAGAGCAUUGUUUGAGAGACUUGAUGAGACUGACCAACAACAUCAGUCAAACUCUUGGCUCAAGAGGGGCAAAAUGGCUGCCGGUCUGCAGUACGUCAGCAGCAUCUGCGGGUGGAUUAACCUCGUCGCGUCUUGGAUCCCAGAGCCAAGCUUGGGUGCUGUGUUAGGCCUCAUCAAAGGCUUUGUUGCUAUGGCCGUAAGCAUAUGCGGCGCAUACGAUAGCCUCACAGGCCACAUUCGAGAGUUGCUGGACCGCAUCCCAGUCAUUGAACGGUGCAACUCAGUGCUCUGGUCUAACAGUGCUUCCUUUGACAUCCACAAUAUUUUGGUGGCUUGCUAUUCGACCUUACUCGCUUUCUACAGUAAGGUGAUGGCCUUCUUGCAACAGGAGAGUCGCAUCAAACGGAUGUUGGAGACUUUUCAUUCUGAGAUUCCAGGGAUCCUUGCAAAUUUCAAUGGCCACGCCGAAAAGCUGUCGAGGAUGAUGGAAGUCGAGACACUUGUGACAGUGAGGAAGAUCUUGGAUCAACAAACAGAGAGCUUCGUCGAUGACAACUUGUACAAUCGGCACCACAUCGGCAACCGUGACGGCAGCGAAGACGAUCGAUCCGAUGAAGCUUGCCGUUGGCUCAUUUCUGAGGAGCAGUUCGAAGACUGGGCAUACGGGCCUCACGGCGUCUUAACCAUGUAUGGAGUCGCUGGCUGCGGCAAGACAUCGAUGGCAGCCUUUGUUACGAAGUAUCUACGCGAGGAAGCAAGAGCCCCCGUCCUGACAUAUUACUGCACGCAACAGGAGAACGAUGAGCUACGACUCAUCCUCUGCAGCCUGACCUAUCAGCUACUGCAAGCCAAGCCGGGAUUGAAGGAAAACUUCAAAGACUGGUUCGAGAAGCGACAAGCCGUGACUCUAGAGAAGCCAUCCGACAAGCCAGCCGUCCUCUCAGAGUUCUUCUUCAGCUCGCUUCAAGCUUCCAGGGAGCAGGUGUUCGUCGUUCUCGAUGGCCUUGAUGAGUGCGAGGAGGAUGUUCGAGGAGCGCUUCUCGUCAUGUUCAGGAAGCUCGUGUCCAAGGGUGCUCUGGUCAAGGUAUUCCUGUCUUCGCGACAGAGAGACGACAUCCUCCAGACCUUGAUCAGCCCUGAGGAAACGGAAGAAAAGUCCGUGACAGGGCCAUCGCCCCAGAUACCUCUUUUCCACAUCGAGAUGAACCCUACCGCGGAGCGCGACCGCGUCCUGGCCCGACACCUGGCUGCCAAGCCCCUCCGACACAUCCAGGACAGCAAGGUGCGGGAGAACGCCAUAGAGCAGCUGGCUAAGCGCGCCGGAGGUUCAGCCAUCUGGCUGCACAUGGCAAUGGCGUCACUGGCCGGCGCCAAGAACGAGCACCGCAUCGAGAAGUGUCUGCAGUUUCUCGAGACGGAUCCAAAGCUCGUUGACUGGUACGAACAACUCUUCAAGGAUGCCGAGGCGGCUACGUGCAACGACCGUGAGAUCCUGGAGCGAGCCCUGGAAACCUUGGCCGUGGCCCGAAGGCCCCUGACCGUUGACGAGCUCGCCAGGGCAGCCAACAUAGACGACCCCGAGAAUGGAGACAGUCUGGCUCUUCUCAACGAGGCGGCGGAGGAGAUUGAUUUCCUGAGUCUCGUUCGCCCGUUUGUGGCUACACUGCACGAGACCACGGAUGGGAAAGAUGUGCGGGUCCGUCUUGUGCACCAGUCGCUGCUGGAACUGCUUCUCACUGCCCGGCCGUCCGAGUGGGAAGAGAUGGCGAGAGCCAAGAAGAACAAGAAAGUAACCGACAAGGAAAAAGAACAGCGUCGCAGCGAGCUGAACAAGGAUCUGAUGCGGAGGUGUGUUAAAUAUCUCCUUUUGGAUGACCUGGAGGAUGCGCCGUCCGGCGAGGGUGACAGCACAGCGGCAGUCGCCAGUCCAGAUAUCAACCAAGAGGACGACGAGCCAUGUGAUGGUUAUGGUACCAGUGACAUGUUCGCGGAGCCCGUGACCCAGAAGAGGACUCGAACCCGGGCUCAGAUCUCGCACUUACAUUUCUACGAAUACGCCGCGCUACAUUGGUUCGUUCAUUUUGCCGCAUGUGGGAAAGAGGCCACAGAAGACCUCAAAGAAGAUGCGAUGAAACUUCUGGACGUUAACGCCAGCGGAUGCAAAGAUUGGGUAGCCUUCGUCCGGACCGAAACGGAGGCCCAAGGAGAGAGGUUCCCAAAUUCUUCUCAACCUGCCACCUUAGCAGCCUACUUCGGCCUGAUCGAAACCCUCGCUGGCAUCGUCACUAACAACAGCACCAUAUCUCAGCCUACAAAAGACGAGGCACUCUUCUGGGCGUCCCGCGGAGGCUACGAGGACAUUGUCAAGCUUCUCCUCCGAAACGGCGCCGAUCCAAAUCCCCAUAUCGUCGACGAGCACACCGCCCUGACAGUCGCGGCACAUCGUGGGCAUCAGGGUUGCGUCCAAGCCUUGUUGGCUGAUAAGCGGACAGACAUCAAUGCGAAGGGCACAAGGAGCCGCACAGCGCUCUCGUUCGCCGCCGCCAACGGCCACGAGGAGAUAUGCAUGGCUCUCAUGCAGCGAGAGGACUACAGGCUCGACGACGCAGACUGGAAGGGGAUGACUCCGCUCUUCUAUGCGGCCGGCUCUGAACAUGUGGCUAUCGUCAAGGCCCUUGUCGCACUUCCCCGUGUCAAUGUCAACCAUCGGGAAAAUUCCGGGCGAACGACCCUGAGCCGCGCAGCUGAGGGGGGUUCCGUCGCACCUCUCAAGCAGCUUCUCGAAACAGAGGGCAUCGAUGUCAACCUAGCUGACAAUGAUGGCUCGACGCCGCUCAUGUGGGCUGCUACUAUGGGAAACGCAGCUGGUGCUAAUCUGUUGCUGGAGCACCCGUACAUCGAUAAAGCCGCGGUGAACUCGAAAGACAGGAAGAACGCUAUCCAUUUCGCAUGUCAGUCGGGCAUACAAGAGAUGCUACAAUGUCUUUUGAAGCACGGCUGCCCCGGGAUCGACGAUCCAGACGUUGACGGCUGGACACCGAUGAUGUGGGCCAUCGAGAAAAGCCCGGAGUGCGUCUCGACUUUGAUUGCGACAGGCCAAGUCGACCUCCAGCACCGUGAUAAAGAGGGCAGGAGUGUUCUGUCCCAGGCGGUUCAGUGGGGGCCCUCUGUCGAAGUCAUCAGGAUCCUUCUGCAUCAUGGCGCCGAUCCGGAGGCGGCGGAUGGGGAUGGGCAGACGCCGCUGGACGUGGCGAUGAAGAGAGGAGCCCCUGUUGGCUUCGCGAUGGCGGACGAGCUCUCGUCCUGGAUCAACAGGAAGCGAGGUGAUCAUGGUCAGUCUGUCCGUGAUACUGAGUAG